GCCUGGAGCUGAGGGAGACGGAGACGGGAGCGGGACUGGGGGGGCGGCCGUGCGGGCGGGAGCGGGAGAGAGACUGACGGCGACUGCCAGCGACUGCCAGCGACCGGCCAACACCCCCAGCUCUGGCAGCGGCGGGGGGCCUCUCACAAGGCCAGCGAGUGGCACAGGAAUAAGACAACUUCCAGCCUGCAGAGGAUUAAGAAAGAGUCUGGGGAUUAUCUGCAGUGUGGCUUCUGUGUUGGACGUGGAAGAUCUAUUGUGUGGGUUUCAAACUCAUUUUGGGAGCUGGUGGAGAAGUGAUACAACACAAUGACGUCAGAGCUGGAGAGCAGCCUGACGUCCAUGGAUUGGCUGCCACAGCUGACAAUGAGGGCAGCCAUUCAGAAAGCUGAUGCUGCUCAGAAUGUGGCGGGUGGUGGCGUUACAAAGAAAAGUUCCCUUCUGGACCCAAACACUACCCUGGACCAGGAUGCACAAAACAAAGACGGCAAACCGCCAUACAGUUAUGCCAGUCUCAUUACCUUUGCUAUCAACAGCUCCCCAAAAAAGAAGAUGACACUCAGUGAGAUCUAUCAGUGGAUCUGUGACAACUUUCCCUAUUACAGAGAAGCUGGCAGUGGUUGGAAGAAUUCCAUUAGACACAAUUUAUCGCUAAAUAAAUGUUUCCUGAAAGUGCCUCGGUCCAAGGAUGACCCAGGCAAGGGUUCAUACUGGGCUAUAGACACUAAUCCAAAGGAGGACACACUGCCUACACGGCCAAAGAAGAGGCCACGAUCGGGGGAAAGGGCAUCAACACCCUACAGUCUGGACUCGGAGCCUUUAGGAAUGGAUUGCAUCAUCUCUGGAAGUGCCUCUCCAACCCUGGCAAUCAACACUGUGACUAACAAAGUAACACUAUAUAAUACGGAUCAAGAAGGAAGUGAUAGCCCUCGCAGCAGCCUUAACAACAGCCUGUCUGACACAAGUUUAGCGUCCGUCAACCUGAAUAAUGUCGGCUCUGUCCACAAUUAUGCGCAGGUGACAAAUCGAGCAGAUUCAGUGUCACAGAAUCUAACGUCACAACAGCAGCAGCAGCAGCAACAACAGCAGCAGCAGCAGCAGCAGCAGCAACAACAGCAGCAGCAGCAGCAGCAGCAACAAUACAGCAUGCCCGAGAGGGAUUCUAAACCACCCUUCUCAGAAUACAACUUUGAAGAUCUGAGUGCCUCCUUCCGUAGCCUUUACAAAUCGGUCUUUGAGCAGUCUCUCAGCCAGCAGGGGAUGAUCAACCUGCCUUCUGAGGCUUCACAGCCAACCCACACAUCUUGUUCCUACCAGCAUUCUCCCAACAGUACUGUCAGCACCCAUCCGCACAGUGGACAGAACAGCCUGUCCAACAGCCAUGCAAGUAGCCUUGGAGGCGGUGGGGGAGGGCCACAGGUGCAACUGCCGCAACAUCAGAUCCACCCGCAGCACGCACAUCACCAACACCAUCAACAUCCACAGCAUCAGCCGAAUCAGCAACACCAUCAGCAGCACCACCACCACCACCAACAGCAACAACACAUGGCCUGUAAUAUCGGCAUCCCUUCUGAUUGGUGCAUGAAUCUGGAUACUCUGAAGGAGAGUUUCCGUAUUGCUAGCAGUUUCAAUUGGUCUGACGUGGAUCUCUCCCAGUUCCAAGGUCUGAUGGAGAGUAUGAAACAGGCGGACCUCAAUAACUGGUCACUCGAUCCCGUUCAGUUUGCGGACUUGUGUUCUUCCCUAAACCAGUUCUUCACACAAACUGGUCUGAUCCAGUCACAAGGGAACAUGCAGCCCUCUGUUUGUCACAACACAAUGCAUACGCAGAAACCAAACCAGCACAUCAGUACAGGAAGCUUGUACAUUGACUCCAGACAAAACCUUCCUGCUUCAAUGAUGGGGCCCCCUGGGUACCCCCAUCUCCCACCUCUCAGUACCCCAGGACCAGCCAUGACAGCAGGCCACCAUCCAGCAAUGAACCAGCAACAUAUGAUGUCGCCUUCCAGCUUUCCAAUGCACAGAUCGAUGUCCCAACACCACAACCCUGCAGACGAUAUCCAGGAUGACUUCGACUGGGAUUCCAUUGUCUAAUUUGUCUUCAUAAGGACAAGCCUGUCAAUGUGACUCGGAUGUUCUUUUAGCUUCUUGCUUAUUUGUGUCGGCCAUUGCUGGCCACAAUCGCUGGACUGCUGUCUGGACACGCCCCCACCACCACUCUGCAAGAGAGCUGAACUUUUUUUUGAGAGGGGGUGGGGGGUGGGUGGGAAACAUGCCCUCUGCUUGCAGUCACUAUCGAAACGUGGAGAUAGCUGCUGGCCCUCCUGAGUGGAGCAGCGACAUCAAGCAAUGAAGCUUUUUCUAACUCUGAACAGUUUUUUUUUUUUUAAAUCAAAGGGAUGUGUUAAAGGUUAAUGUCUGAGCAUUGUUCAUCUGAAUGAUGUGGCUCGGAUGUGAUCUAAGGUUGUGUAAGGAUGGUACAUUCAGUGCAGUUUCUCUCCUUUGUGGGGUUUUUAUUGGGGGGGGGAAACACUCCAAUAGGAGGAAACACACAUGGAUAGGGGAUCAGAAAGCUGGCUUCUAGAUGGUCUCUUCGAGGGGAAGUCAGGGUUAUUGUCAGUAGCUGGGAGGGGAAUAUUUUACAAAAUGAGUUUCUUUUCAGAGAAUUUUGUCUAAAUACGGUGCUGCAGAGAAACCUCUCGAUUUUUGUUGAAAAUCCAGUUGCUGUAAACCAGGAUUAGUAUUGAAGACAAUACUAGGGUGACUGGGGAAAGUGUUCUAACGCUUCAAAGAUUGCAUUGCUUUGGCAUGCAUUAUCUUUGAGUCCCCAGCUUUUGUGCACACAACACCAGCUUCCAAGUCUGAACUAUUGGGAUUCUCCCCACAGAUCCCACCCAGCCGCUCGUCACCACAUCUCAAAAGGGUAGCACUAAAUUCGGGUUUGCAGGUGCCACGUACCGAGUGUCGAUGUGGUUUAAAUCAGUAUCCCAGUGAUUAAAUGUAGUAGUGUGAUGGCUCUCUCUUUGAUGGUGACUUUAUCCAGCAGAGUAUCCUGAGAUGAAUGUUUAGCCUCCUCCGGUGAGUUCGUAAUCUUCAAGUCACAGUCAUACAAACAUGUGCAAGAGUGAAGCAUAGACUAUAGGGUGCAUGCAUGGCGAGAACUUGUGAACUGCUAACCAUCCCUUUUCCUUUACCAAAACGUUACAUGGUCACAGUAGGAGCGAAACUGGUUGCUGCCUCCCUCCUUCCCCUGCUGGCCAAGGGGGAAAGGGCUACAGCCCACCGUAUCCCUUGGAGAGGUGAUGCAGGGGAAGUAUGUUAACCAAUAUUGCAUUUGUCAGUUUUGCAUGUUUAGUGGUGGAUAGAUGACAAUUUCAAUAUUGGAAUCCCAUUCUGCUUUUAAUACUUGUGUUACACUUUGUUUUCAAUGAAUUGGAGCUUUUUAUAUAUGCACUUUCUGGAACUGUGCCUACUUGAUUAUUUCCACCUCCCUUUUAUAAAGAAGAAUCAUCACACCAAGUAGUGCGUUCAGACUGCAAUACUGAUAUGUGGAUGCACAAUCUUUCUUGGUUUACUUUUAAAAUUGAGAUUCAAGUCAAAUCCAUGCGAGUAUCAACAUUGGGGCAGUAGGAACUUUGUUGUAAUUUAGUGAAUGGGAGCUCCCAAGUACACUUGUUUUUGCUAGUGCAUGGUUUUCUUUUGCCCUCCAGCUUCUCUUUCUUUCCCAUAGUCUCAUUUGCAGUUGAGGGAUACUGUUCUCAUUAUUAAGACAGUGAUGAAGUGUGUUUUUAUCAUGUUAUAUUUUGUCAGCUUGUUGAUCCAGGAAUAAACAAUGUCAAAAUAGACAGGGCUCACUGUUGCCCCAAACAUGUCACCAGACACUGCUGGGAAAUUAUGACUUUCUAAUGGCAGAAGUUUACCUACAGCUAAAGCUUGAUUUAAUAAAUCUUUGUGGAUGUAUUAGAUGCAAGACGGAGACUGUAUAGUUUGUGAAUACCUAUAAGGUGCCUUCACUGACUAGAACAUUGAACUAUAUGAGGAACAACGUGAAUCUUAAUGUCUACCACAGAGCAGGGAAUUAACUUGGUUCAUUAAUUCUACCUUCCAUAUUCUUUUUUUUUCCUCUUUAGAAGUGUUGUGAUUUCUUGGAAGUCAUAUUGCAAAAAAAAACUGGUUUAAAGCAUUUUGCGUUUAAAAUAAUUCUGAAUUUUGAAUGAGGACAUUUUUGCAGCCAUAAUGUAAGAUGGAAGAUUGGGAUUGAUGACAGCCGGUUUUUAAGAUGAAUUUUCCCCACAGUAAGUUAGUACUUCUGAUUUGUGCUUAGUUGAAAUAUCUGCAAUCCUUAAUUUAAAAUAAUUUGGAUUUUCUGUCUUGCUAUUGGUUUACAUGAAAAAGUUGUUGGUAGUGCAAGACAAUUCCGUUAACAAGUCUUCUGGCUCUUGCUUGAAUUUCAACUUCACCAUUGCUUGCCUGCUGAUUUUUAAUCUCCACUCUUUUAAUCCUCUCCCAGUCACAGAGUGGUAGGAGUUGGGGUUAACAAUGUUUUAGACUUGUAGGUUGGUCAGGUCAAGAUUGGUGUCAGUACUAUAUAAUCAGGAUUCAGCAGGUUUUUUUUGUUUUUGUUUUUUGCUAAAAUGAUUUACCUUUUCUCACAUGACUACUGAAUAAGCUGAAGAAAAAGGGGAAAUUAAAAUGCUAGAAAUAUGCAGCAUUUCUGUCAGCCUCUGAAUGGAAACGUAGGUUAAUGUUCCAUUUGCCAUCCCUCACUAAUUUCUUGUUCAAUGGCAGAUCCCACUUAAGCACUCUUUUAGUUUCACAUGGGCCUUCACAUUUUCUGUUUUUUUUUUUUUUUUUAAUUGGUACUUAAUGAGGUAAACCCAAGCAGUUUGAGUAUUAACUGGAGAUGUGAAAUAAAAUGUGAAGAAAAUAAGGAACAUUUCCUUAAGCUCUCAACCAACUGUGCUUGCUUGUUUCUCUUGUGUUGUGUGUCUGACCACUUCAGCUCAUAGUUAUUUAUGAAAGCACAGUUUCACUGCCACAAGAAACUCUAAGCAUUUCUAAUUGGACUCUGCAGUCAAGAUAUUGAUAAUCGCACAAUAAUAGUUCGUCCCUCAACAACGCUAACACUAGACCUAAAGCACCAUACUUUAAACAAAUAAUGGAUACACUACAGGAUAGUGAUCAGAAGCAUAAAUCCUUUUUUCCCCCCAAUUCUGACCCCCUUCUUUCUCCCCUCCCCACCCCAACUGCUGCCCUCACAGACACUGGAGGUGGCGUGGUUUGGAAGCAUGGUAGUGGUAGAAAUAUGCAGUAUUAAAACUGGCAAUUUAUUAAGCACAACUGCAACAAAAUAGGCAUUAAAAUGUGUAUUUCAGACCCAGAUAGCAUUUAGCACUUUAGCUUCAGGGUAAAGUUACUGAGUUUCCAGUAAAUGAUUAAAACAAAAAUUGUCGGGAUAACUAAAUUGUAUAAAGCUUGCUGUGAUGUGGCAAGAUGUACUGAAGUGGAGAAAUCAGCUGGUGCACUUUUUAUAUUUAAAGUUAAUGAAGGUUUUGGGAGGAGGGGAAAAGAUUGAUAUGAAUGUUUGCUUUGCAAAGGUCCAUUAAACAAAUCUCCCAUUUUUGCGACUAAAUAAGCUAAAUUUAUAUGAUAUAAAAUAUAUUACAUGUAUUACAUGAAUCCUGCAUCCAACCCUUUCUCUGCUUGGUUUUGGUGCCUGUAUUGUCAAGUUUUAGCUACUUUCUUAAUUUUCUCUUAAAGAUAAUAUUAUUACAGCACAGAGUUUAGCAGAAGCGUUAUCGGUGUACUUCGACAGAUAAAUUGAGUGGGACUAGAGCUUGAUUCGUAUCUUCGAGGGCUUAGAGUUUUUAUAACAGCUGUCAAACUAAAUCUUUUUGCCAAAGAUUCUGAGCUAUGUCCUGAUUUGUAAAUAAACCAGAUUGGAGCAUUUGUGUAACGUUCCGGACUUUAUUAAUUGCUGUUAUGUUUGACAAGCCAAAAUUUUGAUAAGACGUUUUUUUAAAAUAAUAGUGCUAUCAAUCAGCCCAAAAUACAAUGCAUGAUAAAAGCAAUGAUACCACCUGGAGACAAGACGUACGUUGCAGACCAUGUUGCAGGAAAAUAGGACAUCAAACUCAGCCCUUGGAGAGGACGUGUUAGUAUGUUAUUGAAUAACUGAGGCACUUUUAAUUAUCCAGAUCAUAAUCCUUACACAAGAUAUCUGACUUUUAUAUGUAAUGUAAAUCAGAAAAUUGACUCUUUAUACGAUUUUGCAUUUGAUUUUGGUUGAUAAUGUUUGCAUGAUGUGGCAGGCACGAGCCAGAAUUUUAACUUAUUUUAUUUUGUGUUCAGCUUUUUAAGACAUUUCAACCCAUUAAAUAAGGCCCAAGUUUACAAUGUAUGUGCUUAAAGUUAGUUGUUCAUUCAGAGUAUAUCGUUUUUGAAAAACAUUGCUAAUGCUUAUGUCUGUGAUUUUUGAAGGCAUUUUAGAAAAUAAUGUAGUCCACAUUCAUCUUGCCUGCACGUGUGAAUUAAGGUUCUGGUUUGUGGUAGGUCGAUUGCGGGUCUUGGCUGACACUGCUGAUUUAUAUUUGAUGGGGUAGUGUUGGAACACAGAACAGUACAACACAGGAUCAGGCCUUCAGCCUACGAUGUCUGUGCAAGAUACUUUUUAACAACUAUUUCUCUCAUGGCUGAAGCCAAGGUCAGCGAAAUUUCCAGGACAGGUUAAAGCCCAUUUGGAGUUUAAAAAAAAAAAUGUCUCUGUGCUAUUUUGAGGGAAUGUGUCUGGAACUAAAAUUAAUUAAUGAUUUAUUUCCCAGCAGAUUUUAAACAAUUGGUUCCUCCUUACUGUUACUGUUAUUGCAUUUUACAAAUUUUAAAUCUCAACUCUCUAAAAUGUUCUCUUCUCUUGUGUACGACUUGAAACAAUAUGUAGCUUAUUCCCAUUUCACCAUGCAGCUUCAUCUCUGCACUGCCUUCUACACUCUUGCUCAACUCGUCUCUUCUCUUGCCCCGCUGGUACCAUUAGUAAUUCACCAGUUUUGUAGUUUCUGGAAAAAGUCGCUUUCAUGAAAGAAAUUGCAACUCUCUUAAGUAAAAUCCUGGAACAGUGGAGUUAAUAUAGACUUCAUAACUCCACUAAAGUACACAUUUAACAUGGAAAAUAUAUACAACUACGCCGGGCACCUCAGUUCCUUGAAUUCAGCAAAAUGGAACUGUUUUAAAAAAAAUGCCUUUUUAUGCCGUCUGGGCAAGUUGUUAUCUCAACUAAUCCUGUUUGGAUUUUAGAUGAAAUUAGUGAAUCAGCCUGCAACAGCCCAUCAGAGAGGAAUUGAUGUGUUCAAUGGCUUUUGUAUGUUCUUCCCCAGUCUCCAUUUACCUCCACAUCUCACUCAGGACCAGCAGAGUAAAGCCACUGGGUACCUUAACCCACUAGUGGAUAUGCUUUGCCCGAUUUACGGGAGGCAAGAGCAAAUACUCAAGAGACCUUGGGUGGUGCCUGAUUUCUAACUGAACGAGUCACAUCAUUGGCUGGAUCCCAUUGUUUACAAAUGUUGGCAUACUUUAAAACCCCAGUUAGUUUAUCUUUUUUAAAGGAAAUUACAUUAAAAUGACCAAUGUUGUGAAUGUUUUUUUAAAUAUAUAUAUAUUUUUUGAAAUUUAGCUUUUAUGAGAAAGAUGCCAGUUUAACCUGAAUACUGCUGGAUUGUUUAGUACAUCCACUAUUUUUAAAAAAAACAUUUGAAAGUUGUAGAAGUAUUCAAGAUCUAGUAGUUUAAAAGUCUGUGCAAGAAAGAAUUGAUCAGCCCUCGAUCAGUGUGCUUGAGUUGCGAAGUUAAGGGCUAAGUAACCCCUCUCCACAUACAGUAUAGAUCUCCUUGGAAAAUAAUCAAUUUAUUUUGAUGUCUGCACUGUUAAGAAUUUUAUUUCAUGCAUGUAGUGUUGCAUUCUUGAUGUUUUUAAAGAGAAAAUUGCAAAUAAUUUCAGACAAAAAAUAUAUUUACGGAAUCUUCUAAGUAGCAGGAGGCAGCAGCAGCUCGUCAGAGAAACAUUAAUGCUGCACUAUUCGACAGGCCUGCGAUGUAAUACAGUAUGUAGGAUUAUAAAUAUUACUGACUACCUUUAAAAGGUGCAUUCUAUUUUUAAUAAAACAUUAAUCACUGAAAUUGAAACAAAUAUAUAAUAUGUAAGUUAGCCUAUACCCUUUUAAAGAAGUUUAAUUGACUCUCGACAAAGAUUGCCUUCCCUUAAUAAAAGAAUGUGUGGAAAAUGCUCCACUUUGGUUCAGAGGAGAGCAAUGGUGUCAAAGGCAGGAAUGUGGGCGUGAUAAUCUAGAACCAAGAUUCUGGGUCCUGACGCUCAGACUCGCUUGUCGUGGUGGCAUUAGUGCAGCCAUUCCUCGGGCAACAGGUAGUGAGGUCAGAAGGGAGUGAGAGGGGAAAAUGUAAAUCAUUUUGGGUUUGAUGUUGGGACGCAGGUGGCGUGGCCAACGGGACCUUCGGGAAAACAAAAGGAGAUAAUAAAAUGAUUAACUUAAAUGCAGUAACUUUUCUGAGACUGAGUGUUGCUCAAGAUCUGUGACUCGGGAGAGCCGAUCUGUACGAAAGCCAUUAAAAAGCAAAGUCUUGAAAGUAGGAAUAGCGAGAGACUCCACGUGUUCACUUUCACAGAAGAAUGAAGUCAAUUUUAAAGGAAAGUGUUUGUUGCAGUUUGCAUUAACAGCUGGCAGAAUCACUACAUUAGUGGAUUUCUGCAGUCAAGGGGCACAGCUUUGAUGUGUAGUAAGUGGGUGGGAGCACUAUUGUGCAAGGAAGGUGAUGGCUGCUGGUAAAGGAAUGUUUCCUGUGUGAAAUCAAAAAUAGAUUAUUCAUUUACAGUACUAUGGAUAAAAGCAGGGAUCCUACUUUUCAGAUAGGGCAAACCUUAUUCUUCUCCCCUAGUUUGCACUUGAGUUGAAACGUUCUGAAGGUGUUAGUUAGUAAGGUUGGAUUUCUCUGUUCCAAAAAUCCUGAUGAAUGCAUUUUUUUUAAAUGACCUGUUGUAUAUUUAAAUCGGUAAAAAAAAAUUGUCCUCUGGCACCUCUACAGUUGAGACGCAUCAUUCAGAGUUUGGAAUGAACUUUGUUCACAGUGUGUGGAACCCAGCAGUGAUUGCUGUUGUGACGACAGAGGGCUGUGAUCCCUCUGAGGAUUUUAUUUUUCAUUUUUGACUGUUGUAAAUGUAUUUUUAAACUUUGUAGCUGUCUCGGGCAGCAUGGCCAGAUUUCUUGCAGUAACCAAAUGAUUUCCCCCCCUCCAAAAAAUCAAUUACAAUUUGAAUUUCCUAAUAAUUGCACAUUAAAGACUUGGACAGAAACCAUUUUCUUCAUGAGGUUUUCUUGGAACAGGAGUCUGAACCUCUUUGGAGUUGGCUUAUCUCCCCUUGAAUGCACUGCCAUUGUCUUACACGAAAGCUCCCUCUGUGUUUGCAGCAAAGAGGACACGUUGGCAGUUUUGGAAUAUGGCUACAAUACAAGCAGGAGGAAUAUCGACCUCCAACGUAACAAAAGCAAUGUUGGCUUUUGUGGCACAUUAAAACAAAAUGGAAAAAAAAAGUGUUGUGGUGUUGAUGUGCUUAAUUGUAAAUAUAUUUGUCUUUGAAAUUGUCCUUUUAUUUUUUUGGGGUGGGAUGGGGGACAAGAUAGAGACCAGGGUUUUAUUCUAUGAAAGGAAUACAGAGUAUUUUGAUAUUGUGCAUUCCAAGGGUGAUGUGUACAUAUCUAUGAUGUAUAUAAUGAUAACAUCACUAUCAAUUUGUGCAGCACUAGCUCCUCUCUGUACUGCUGUUCCACAGUCAGUGUUUCAGUGUUUGUAUUUUUUGUUACUGCACGUUUUAUUAAUCCUAGCUGAAAGAAAAAUGCACAACUAUCCUUUGUAUCAGUUUAAUGCUGUAAAAUACUACCAAAUGUCAUUAGUUGUUGCUGCCAGUCGUGAUAUGCAUGGAUGGCACUUAUAAUAAAUGCUGUAGCUUCA